GGGUUAGCAGCGCCACCAACAGGAAGUUUUGGUAAAGUGGAAGUAGAAAGCGAAGGUGCUGUACUUCACAAAACAGCAUGAUGCUAUGGACUUAUAUUUAGUGUAGAAGAUAUUAACUAUGGAAGAAUGAUGCAUUAGUUUCCGCCAUAUCAUUUCAGCACGGCAUUGAUUGCGUUGGUCGAAUCGUCAGUACGAGUCCACCAUGUUACAGCAGAUUCUCCAGACGAUGACCGUCGACCCUGACCUCCUGUCAGAGCUGUCGGACGAACAGAAGGCCAUACUGUUUGUCAAAAUACGAGAGGAACAAGUCCGGAGGUACAACGAGUUUGAGAAGAAGAAUCAAGAUGACCGGAUCCCAAGGAAACCCAAGAAAGGGAGAAAGAACGUGGACUUCCUGUUGGGCAAGAACGGCAGGGAGUGGGUCUGGGUGAUGGGAGAACACAAACAGGACAGGUCUAUAGAGGAGAUGAUCGAGUUAGAGAUUCAGGAGAGGGCACUCAAGGAGGCCGAGCGCGAGAUCGAGGAGAUCAGGAGGCAAGAAGAAGCAGAGCUGGCCAGGAAGUUAGAGGAGGAGAAAGAACGCAUGGAGGGGGAGCAGCAUCAGAAAGAGGAGGAGCUCAGGAAACAAAGGGAGGAGGCUGAACUGUACGCAUCGCUAAAGCAAGCCAGGGAGAUGGCGCGGAAGCUUGAGGAAGAAAAACAGAAGGCUGAGGAAGAGGAGAAAAUCCGUGUGGAGCAGCUAAGGCAGAAAGCGUGCCGGAGUUGUCAAGAUUUAGAUGCUGUGGAGCACAGGUUUGCUGAGGAUCAGAGACGGUCUUUAGAAAGACUCGUAAAGGACAAAAAUCGUCGCAGUUCGGAAAUCUUCACCGAGUAUAUGUGUAAAAGAGAGGAGAUGGAGAAGAUAGCAGAGCAGAACCUACAGGAAGUGGAAUUAAGCUGGCAGGAGCAAGAGAAGAAAGCGAAGAAGGCAGAGGAGGAGGUGAAGGAGUUGGCGAGGAGGGCCAGGAUAGAGUACAAGAACUCGCUGCGACAAGGCAUGAACGUCCUGAACGCUGUGUCAGCUUUCUCAGGGAACGGGACCAAUCAGAAGCCACCGGUACCCCCAAAAAGUGACGAGUUAAGAAAGAGUGCAGCCAAAGUGAUCAAGAAGAGGCCACCCCGACCCCCCAACAAACAGGCAGUGGUCGAUUGGUUCCUGGAGGAAGAGAGACCCAAGGGGGUGGGGACUGACCCCUGCACUGGUAAAGUGGCCCAGUGGUUCCACGGUGUUAUCUCUCGGCUAGAGGCGGAGAAUUAUUUACUCAACAUGACAUUAGGCAGUUACCUGGUGCGGGUGAGUGAGCGAGUGUGGGGCUACACGAUUUCCUAUCGCGCUGAGGACCGCUGCAAACACUUCCUGGUCGAUACCUCGGAACAAGGCUACCAGUUUUUUGGAGCUAAUCAGCUUGUACAUAGAAGUCUAGCCGACCUUAUCAAUUUUCAUAAGAGUAAUCCAAUCACAGUGACAGGGGGUGAGUUACUGCGUUCUGCGGUCGGCCAACUGAAGGACCCCCCGGACUACCAAGAACUGAUGAGGCCCCGCAUAACGGAGAGCACAGCUUUAUAAAAAAAAAAUCUACAGAAACUAGGCCACCGAAUCUACUGACCAAUCAGGAACGACCUUACAUCGCAGGCUGAUAGAGAGGGACUAGGAUAGGUUUGACAGUGAUGUGCUGUAAGGAAAAUCAGCAGGACUUGUCACCUUGUCUGAUGCCUUGGUAUCUGCAGUAAAGGAAGGUCACUCAAUCCAUGCAGAGCAGGGCUUUGCUCCAGUUGUAAUCCUGAAAGAUAUUAACUUCUUUUUCAAGUUUCCACCUACAUAUUUAUCCAUUUUUAUUCCCUUGAUUAGAUUUUUUUGCGAUACUUGCUCACAUUUUCAUACUUUUCAAUUUUGAGCCCCCCCCCCCCCAAUUUUUUUUAUUCCAUUUGAUAUUUCCCUUAAUUUUUUUAUUUGUAUGCAUGUGGAGUUCAUGGUUGUAAAUGAACAACAGAGCUGUGUUCAAAUAUAUUUAUUGUUCUUAGAUAACAUAGUAUCAUUUUGAUUACGUGUGACAUAUGUUAAUAGAAAAUGCUUUCUGAUAACUUAAAAGAUGAAUGUUGCUUGUCAAAGCAGGUAAUCAUUGAUUUGAUCAAUUGUUGAGUGAAUAGUAAAGAUCUGUGUCAAAUUCUUGCUCACAAGCCCACACAGUGGUUCCUGUAGCUUGUUCAAUACUAUAAAUUCCUAAUUAAACGUGAGAAAUUUAUAUCAAGAAGCACCCCUCGCAGAUUUUAAAACCUUGCCAUUAUUUUCUGAGGGUUGGGAACUAAAGAAAAUAUGGAUAAAUGCUCUGCGUUCGUGAUUUGAUACAAAACAGCUGGAUCACGGAUUUAAGUACCCGCGUAUAAUAAGGAAUUUAAAGUAUCAAUAGCGGUCUAGGGUAGAUUUUGUGUAAUCCUUCGUUAUUUGUUGAGCAGCGAGACCUACUGUUUUAUAUUAUACAAUCCAGUUAACUGUCGUAUCUUGUGAUAUGAGUUUGUGAUUAAUGUACCAAAAUCACAAACUUCCGUGAUAUUGUACAAACCAGAUUAUUGUUUUGAUAAUCAAAAUUGGAAUGAUCUUCCAUUCUAUGCACAAACCUACCGUUAAUGUUUAACAUGCUUAUACAUACAUUUUCUGUAAUUUGAUCCUAAAUUUCCUCUCUUUUUAAGCCUUCAAUAUAGAGACAUUUUAUAAAUGUAUAUUUAAAUACUAAUUACAAUCCAUUCUAAAAGCAAUCUAAACAAUUAGUAUUUGUCAAAGUGUAGAAAUAAAAUUAGUAUAUGAACUGUUGGACAACUCAUUUGCCACUAGGUGGCACUGAGAGAACUGAUGUCAAACUGACAUCAGCCUAGUGGCCUUAUUUACCAGUAUAUUUCCCAAAAUAUUGCGACUGCUGUCAUUCAGAACAAACCGUGAUCCUGUAUCAGUGGUUGUUAUGGAGAUGUCCACCAUGUUAUUUUUUUCACUUUUGUUAUAAUUUUUUGUAGAGUACAAGUGCUGUUAAGCUGAGGUAAAUGUGCGUCUAUAGAUUUUUACCAGGUUGUACCCAAUCUUAUUAUCUCCAUAUCAUUUUAUAUAGCAUUGUGUCAAUUUUAACAAGCCCAACUGCUUGACCUGAGCGCCCCUUGUAGAGAAUGAUAUACCACAGUAAGGGAGGAGGAAGCUAUGACUCCGUAUAUCACUAAAACUGAUUUACUAAUAGGUGCAGAUUCAGCUUCAUUUGUUUUCUUUUUUAUUGUUUCAAACAAAUGUGAACAAGGGUUGUGAGGUUGCUAGUAUGUGUUCACUGAAACUUGGUUCUUUCUGAUAAGCUGAAGUAAUUUUCUUUCAUCUAACAGUUCAAAGUGUUUCAUUGUUUUUUUUUCAGUCUGAUUAUAAAUACAAAGACUUUUAUUUAAUGCGAGGUCUGUGUGUUCACUGAAGAGUGUUUCUUUCUUUUUUAUUUUUUUAUAAGUAAAAGUAAGUAACUUUUCACUUAUUUAACAGUUCAAAGUGUUUAAUUACCAUGUUUUUUUUUCAGUCUGAUCACAAUACAAGUACUUUUAUUUGAUAAACAGGAAGUAUAGAAACGUUGAAAGGAGUGGUAAUAUCCUUGUUUUAGAUUCAGAUUGUAUUAAUUUUUUUCUAGUCAUUUUUUUCUCAUUUGCAAUUUACUCUCUUCUUUUAUAUCUGUGCUAUCAGAUGAGAGUUGUAACAAUCCAUGCCCUGUAUAUCGGCUGUGUAUCGGCUGUAUAUCGGCUGUAUAUCGGCUUGAUUUCUUGGAGAGUUUUAUCUGUUUAUUUGAGUGGGAAAAAAGAUCUUUUGAGUGUAUGUGAAUUUCUAUUUUUAUUAUGCUAAUGGGCAUAUUUAAUAUGAAUAUUAUAUAUUUUUCACAUUUGGUUCAUAUUUUGCUUAUGUUUUGUAAAGUGAAUCAGUUUUCACAUUUUACAAGCAAUAAAUACAUUAUAUUUAUAACUAAA